AUGAACGCACCAGAAUGGAAGAGAGCCUUGCUUGGAUGUCUAGGAGAUGUUGAAUUUGGGGCCGUCCAGCCAGUUAAUUCCUACUGCAUGGGUGCUAUAAUUUCUAUAUACUUUAUAGAAGACACCUCAAAAUUAAAAUCUGAGUCCAGAUUUUACAGCAUCGUCUUUUUAGGAUUAGGUUUUAUCAGCUUCUUUGCCAAUCUACUGCAGCAUUAUAAUUUUGCAAUUAUGGGAGAGCGAUUGACCAAGAAGGUGCGGGAAGAAUUUCUUCAGAAUGUUCUCACAUUUGAAGUUGGGUGGUUUGAUCUAGAUGCUAAUACAAGUGCUGCAGUUUGUACACGGCUCACCACUGAAGCCAAUAUAAUUCGAUCACUUGUUGGAGAUCGCAUAUCAUUACUGGUUCAGGUUUUCACAAAUGCUGCUAUUUCCUAUGUGCUUGGAUUAAUUGUUGCAUGGAAAGUUGCAAUUGUAAUGAUUGCAAUACAAACUUUAGUUAUUUCAAGCUUCUAUUCAAAAGGUGCUCUGAUGAAAAGAAUGUCUGAAUAUGCCCAAAAAGCACAAAAUGAUGGAAGCCAACUGGCGAGUGAAGCAGUUGCCAAUUACAGGACCAUCACUGCGUUCUCUUCUCAAAAAAGACGACCUCUUUGGAGAAACUCUGAAAGGCCCUUGGAAACAGAGCAUAAACAAUCAUGGUUUUCUGGAGUAGGCUUGUUUACUUCCCAAUUCUUAACAACGACUUCUAUAGCUUUGACAUUUUGGUAUGGUGGGACACUAAUGAGCAAGGGAUUGUUGAGUUCGAAAAAUCUAUUUCUAGCUUUCUUCAUUUUGAUGAGUACCAGUAAGACCAUUGCAGAUCCAGGAACCAUGACAUCUGAUUUGUCGAAAGGUAGCAGUGCUAUCAGAUCUGUUUUUGCAAUUUUGGACAGGAAAAGUAAGAUUGAGUCUAACAACCCUGAAGCUUCUAAGAUUGAAAAAAAACUGAGAGACAAGAUAGAAUUAAAGAAUGUUUUCUUUUCGUAUCCCUCGAGGCCCGAACUGAUGAUCUUUCAGGAUCUCAGUCUCAAGAUUGAAGCCGAAAAAACUGUGGCUUUUCUACAAUUUGAAAGACUUGAGAUUGCAUAUUGCAUUAGUGAGUCAGGAACCGACUAUUUUUGCGGGAACCACAAUGAAAAUAUAGUUUAUGGCAAAGAGGAUGCCACAGAAGCUGAAAUCAGAGAAGCUGCAAUGCUUGCCAAUGCUCAUGAAUUUAUAAGUUCAAUGGAGGAUGGAUAUCAAACUUACUGCGGUGAGCGAGGAGUCCAGCUUUCGGGAGGACAAAAGCAGAGGGUAGCACUUGCUCGAGCAAUUCUUAAGAAUCCGUCAAUCCUGCUCUUGGACGAAGCAACCACUGCACUGGAUAGUUUGUCUGAGAACAUUGUCCAAGAGGCAUUGGAGAAAAUGAUAGUCGGUAAGACUUGUGCAAUUGUAGCCCAUCGUUUAUCAACAAUACAGAAGGCAAAUUGGAUCAUGGUGAUUAAGAACGGAAAGGUUGUGGAGAAAGGAUCACAUCAUGACCUACUUUCUGUUGGAGAUCAUGGGGCAUACUAUUCAUUAAUCAAGUUACAACACGGCCACUCUUUAGAAAGCCAUGAGUAG